GUGCUGGAUUUGGAUUAGGAAUUGUUUUCUCAGUCAUCUUCUUCAAAAGAAAGACAUGGCCGAUCGCUUUUGGGUCAGGGAUGGGGUUAGGAAUGGCUUAUUCCAAUUGUCAACAUGACUUCCAGUCUCCGUAUCUUCUCCAUGGUAAAUUUGUAAAAGAACAGUGACUAAUGACUAAGACUAUCCCAGUGGGAAGGAAGGAGAAAUCAAUGAUUAUUCCUCAGGAAUACUGAAGUGCCCCUGGAAUAAGCCAACAUUCUUCAGUAACGAUCACCAGUAACUCUUUAUACUCCAACAAACUGUUUCUGUACAUGAAACAAAAGUUCUGUUGCUUGUUUUGUAUCGUGUCUGGAAAGUGCAAGGAGGAGCUCUUCUGGGAAAUAAAUAAAAGACAAAUGGCCUUCUC